CGGCUAUUCGUAUGUUUCUCUAAAAUCAAAAAUUAUGAGGAUUCUAAAUUUAUGUUUUGCAAUAACAGUCCUGUUUGGAGCCGUUAUUGGAGAGCAAGUCUGGCUUCGGGAUUUGAACUCGGACCUUGAUAAACGGAACCUUGAGAUCGGAGGCUUACCGUCAAACUUUAAAUUCGCACUCAUCCGGCAAGGUUAUGACCAUGGACUCGAACUGAACUUGGAGGAAAAUCGGCGACUUGGAGCUAACGCACCGGUUUACGAAGUUAAACAAACAUCUGAUGGUAAACAACAAUUAGUGAAGAAAAAUGCCAUCCCAAUAACGCAGACGAAAUUUUACCAAGAUAAGAAAGUAAAUGGAGUUUUUAUGGUCACGUGCAAGAAACAACGUAUUGGCGCGUGCCAAAGAAUGGUGGAAGGGUUAUUUGACAUGGAUGGCGAAAAUUACAACUUGGCCCCAAGUGAAAAGCCUACAGUGCUACGAAACGUAAAUACUGGAGAUGUUCCGCAUGAACUGGUUUCCAACAAGGUAGAAAGCAUGAGAUGGUUGUCUGAAAUGACAGACUUUGCAGAAAUAGAAGACGGACAUUUACAACAACGUAAUGAAUUCUUGGAAAAGUUGACUGGUUUACUUAAUGGAAGAGAUGCAGAUUUGAUUGCCAGGGUAAAUCCAUAA